AGUAUCUGGCAACAGUGGGACUCCCAGAGAGGAGAACAAAAUGGCCGAACAGCCCGUGUUUCUGAGUAAAGACGCCGUUAAGCGUUUUCUCAGUUAUGACGAGCUGAUUCCACGACUAGAGGAGGUUUUGGGAAAGUUUUCCGGGGGCGACAGUUCAGAUAUGGUGCAGCCUGUGAGAUCCGUGAUCCCUAUAGGCAAUCACAACGGGUUUUUGGGGCUAAUGCCUGCAUAUAUUGCACAUGAGGACACUUUGUGCACGAAGAUGGUGGCUUUCUACAGACGUGAAAAACACCUAAAUUUGCCAUCCGUACAAGCCACUGUGUUACUCUUUAACCCUGAACGUGGCAAUGUCACAGCGGUUAUGGAUGGGUCAGAUAUCACUGAAAAAAGGACAGCUGCUGUGUCAGCCAUUUCUGCUAAACUGCUGAUGCCAGUUCAGUCAGAUGUCUUGUGCAUCAUUGGCUGCGGCGACCAGGCCGUCAGCCAUUAUGAAGUCUUCACAAAACUUUUUUCCUUCAAAGAGGUGCGUGUGUGCAGCCGGCGCUUGGAGACAGCCGAGCGGUUUGCUGCAGGUGUCCAGGGUCCUGUUAAAGUAUUUUCGUCUGCCAAAGAGGCAGUGCACGGAGCAGACCUCAUCAUUACUGUCACUAGUUCUCAUGAACCAGUGCUUUUUGGGGAGUGGGUUAAACCUGGUGCUCACAUUGCAGCGGUGGGGGCUUGUCGGCCAGACUGGAGAGAACUUGACGACGUGCUGAUGAGAGACGCUGUGAUUUACGUGGACAGCAAAGACGGCGCUGCAGAGGAGUCAGGAGAUGUCAUUCUGUCUGGGGCAGCAGUGUUUGCUGAACUUGGAGAAGUUUUAAAUGGAACGCGGCCUGCCUUGCGUAACAAGACGACAGUGUUCAAGUCACUGGGAAUGGGGAUACAAGAUGCAGUUGCUGCCAAGCUUGUGUUUGACAAGUGGAAGAGGAGCCAGUGAAGGAUAUGAAGUGAGUCACAAGCUGGUGUUCAGUACAAAGAACAACUUUUAACUUCUUAAAACAGGAAAACAAGACACAAAAAUCUCUACAUCAGACAGACAAUCAUAACGUUGCAUUAACUAACUGAUUAACACUUGUAUGAAAUCACUAAAGCUUUGGAUCGAGGACAUUGAUUUCCACAGAAUAUUGUUAAUAAAUUGAAAGUGUAGUUAGAAUACAGUUUUUUUUUUUGGUGGGUGGGUUAAAAACAUUUGUCAGGAAUGAUUCUUGACUUAUAAAUAGCACGUGUCCUCGCACCGUUUCUUGCUGUUAAAAGGAAUUUCAAUUAAACUUGGUGAGCCAAGAUCCAUUUCA